UCAAUGUCCCAAAAAACGAGUGUAGCAGUCCUCAACGAGUCGACCGUUAACGACUUCGUCCAAGACUCCGACGCCUUUGAGAAAUGCGUUGACGAACAGUUCAAAAUGUUCGAUUCUAAGGGCAACGGGGCGGUGUCCCGAGCGGACAUCCGCAGAGGAUAUGGGAGGUUGAUGGCGUUGGAGUAUGAGAAGCAGUCGGAGGAAGAAAUCAACAGUCUGAACGACAGCAUUUUCGAAAGGUUUGAUGAGGAGAGGAAUGGAACGUUGAGCCGGGAGCAGUUCAGGAGGUUUAUGAAGGAGAUGAUGCUGGCCAUGGCCCGGAGCUUCGGGGAUGUGCCGGUUCAGGUGGCUCUUGAGCAUGACAGUAUGCUUAUGAAGGCUGUUGAGCAUGAGCUGUCGAGAGGGUGAGUAUGGGGCGGGGAGAUUUAAGGUUUAUGAAUGGAAAAUAAGAGAAAAUGCGUGGGAAUUUUUUUUGCUAGAUGCCUGUUUUGAUGUAUGUGGUGUUCCUGCAUUUAAUUGGGGGGGAUUUGGGAUUGUAUGUGUUGAGUCAUCUUCAUCCUCAUAAUUUGAGUGAUGAUCCCUCUAGGGCAAUUAUUAGAAAUAUUUUGAUUUCUUUUUUUAAUAAAUGGAAUAAGAAAAUUAUAUCAUAAUCCAAUGGAUGCAUUGCCAAGGGGGCAAUGGAUGGUCCCUCUAGGGCAAUCAACCAUUCUCAUUAUGGUAUAGCCCUUGAAAAACGAUGGUAUAUAUAUUUGUCUG